GACCGAGGCAGACAGCAACAGUGAAGAAGAAGAAGAGGAAGAGAGAGAAAAGUUGAGAGAGAGAGAUAUCAAAGCGUGAAAUUGGAUGCUUGCAACUCAAGAGGCAUAGGAAUCUCGUCUCUCUCUGAAAACCACUGGAUUCGAUCUGCUUUCAGCUAUGUUGCAAAACAGGUUGACAGAACUGAAUAUUGUGGUUCUUUUAGGUGGUGAAAGGAGAGGUUCCUGUCUCAAACUGCUUGAUGACUUGCUUAAAAUUAAAGUUGUCUGAGAUGAAUUCAGUGACCGGAACAGCAAGAUAAGGUGUCAUAGUCUAUUCAUGGAGAAUGCUGAAAGUCUCAGUGAAAAGGUUUUCUCGAAUGGAGACAUCUAUGUUGGCAAUUUUAAAGGUGUGUUUCCCCAUGGGAAGGGAAAAUAUACAUGGUCGGAUGGAACAGUCUAUGAUGGUGAUUGGGAAGAAGGAAAAAUGACCGGGAAAGGACAGAUAUUUUGGUUCACGGGGGCAAAAUAUGAUGGUGAUUUUUCUGGGGGUUUUCUUCAUGGUUCUGGCACCCUAGUUGGAUCUGAUGGUUCUAGUUAUAGUGGGUCUUGGAGGAUGAACAUUAAGCAUGGGCUUGGAAAAAAGCAGUAUUGUAACUCAGACGUUUAUGAAGGUUUGUGGAAAGAGGGAGUACAUGAAGGCUGUGGUAAGUAUGCUUGGAAUUCUGGAAAUAUUUAUAUUGGAAAUUGGAAAGCUGGGAAAAUGUGUGGUAGAGGGGUUAUGAAAUGGGAAAAUGGUGAUCUUUAUAAUGGAUUUUGGUUGGAUGGGGUUAGACAUGGGUCAGGAUUUUACAGGUUUGUGGAUGGAGGAUAUUAUUUUGGAACAUGGUCUAGGGGUUUAAAGGAUGGACCAGGAACGUACUAUCCUGCAGGAAGUAGACAUCCAUCUCUAACAAAGUGGUGUAGCUCUAUAGAUUAUGAUGACAACAGGAAAACUAUGCUGUCUCAUAGUUCGUCGCUCAACUCAGAGGGGCACAGGGCUCCGAAACCAAGUGUAAGUCGCAGUCUGUCUGAGACGAUUUCUCGCAGUCUAUCUGAGAAGAUUUCCACUGCUGGCCUCUUUAGAAGUUCAGGUCGAAUAUCACACAGGGCUAUGUCAUUAGAUGAAGAUUGUAGUGUCUGUGAUUCUGCUAGAGAAUUUAUAGCUCAUGACACAUCAGGCAUGUUAUCCCAUGCCUCUGAUGAAGAUCAACACGAGAUGCGCGAUUGCUGUACGUUAGUUUAUGAAAGGGAAUACAUGCAAGGAGUUUUGAUCAAAGAAAAGAUUAGAAGUAGUGCAGUGCCGUCAGAAAAAAAUAAACAACGAAGUAAAUUUCAUGCAAAGGAAGCAAAACAAAGAUCAUGCAUGGGCAUUUUUGAAGAUCAUCAGAGGAGGCGGAGCUAUUAUUUGAUGCUUAAUUUGCAACUUGGUAUCAGGUACACUGUUGGCAAGAUCACACCAGUACCAAUGCGUGAAGUUCGAUCUUCUGAUUUUGGAGAUCGUGCCAGAAUAAGAAUGUAUUUUCCCAGAAAAGGCUCCCAGUUCACACCUCCACACUAUUCUAUCGAUUUCUAUUGGAAGGACUAUUGCCCUAUGGUCUUCAGGAACUUAAGGGAGAUGUUUAAGUUGGAUGCUGCAGAUUACAUGAUGUCCAUCUGCGGUGAUGAUGGUCUCAGGGAGCUUCCUUCUCCAGGGAAAAGUGGCAGUCUCUUCUAUCUUUCUCAUGAUGACAGAUUUUUGAUUAAGACUUUAAAAAAAUCCGAACUAAAGGUUCUACUUAAGAUGCUGCCUAACUAUUACAAUCAUGUAGCAGCACAUGAAAAUACUCUUAUAACAAAAUUUUUUGGGCUUCAUCGGAUUACAUUGAGAGGUGGAAAAAAGGUGCGCUUUAUGGUCAUGGGAAAUAUGUUUUGUACAGAAUUACGAAUUCACCGUCGUUAUGAUUUGAAGGGUUCAUCUCAAGGAAGAUAUACAGAUAAAGACAAAAUUGACUCAAAUACCACAUUGAAAGAUCUUGACUUAUCUUAUGAAUUUCAUAUGGAUAAAUCAUUGCGGAAGUCCCUCUUUCAACAAAUUUCUCUAGACUGCAUGUUCUUGGAAUCUCAACAGAUAAUUGAUUAUAGCCUUCUGUUGGGACUACAUUUUAGUGCUCCUGAGCAUCUGAAGACCCUCUUGGAACUUCCUGAGACAAAUCACAGCCAUGGCAACAACCCUGGUAGUGAUGGUAGUUAUGGUGCCACUUCAAUUGGGGACCUUUGGAUUCCUCCAUCGGGUCUGAUCCUGGUAACCCAUGAGCCCAAUGGCAGCACUGCCCCGGGUCCUCAUAUGAGAGGAAAUCCCUUGAGAGCACACUCUGUAGGUGACAAAGAAGUUGAUCUUCUUCUGCCUGGUACUGGAAGGUUACGGGUCCAGUUGGGAGUAAACAUGCCUGCUCAGGCUAAUCGCAAGGUUCUGCAGGAUGAAGCCAAUUCAAAAGAAGUUGAGCUGUUUGAGGUUUAUGAUGUUGUUCUCUAUCUUGGCAUCAUCGAUAUAUUGCAGGUAUACAAUGUCAGAAAGAAAGCUGAGCAUGCAUACAAAUCACUGCAAUUCGAUCCUCUUACAAUAUCUGUUGUUGAACCCAAGCUGUACUCGAGACGCUUCAUCAAUUUCUUGGAGAAAGUUUUUCCCGAACAACCUUGAAUCGGUAUUUUUUUAAUCUUUUUCUGCUAGUUGUCACAAUUAUAUUGGUACUUGGCUUCCGUGAUAACCGAUACUAAUUCUUUUGCGGUCAUUGAUUGUAAAAUGACAAUAUCACACAAUAAAUGCACCCAUCUUCUUGUUGUAUGUAUGAA